CCGAAUCAACAGUGUACGACAACUGGCAACGUUGUUGUCUGCUGUCAUGUGGAAGUUGUGACUUUUGAUUUGACGUAUAAUUUCUAUGUAUCUUGUGCCAAGCAAGAGUCAUAACUGUUUUAAAAAGUAACAAAGUUUAAUUGAAAUUCCUCACAUUAUAAUAAAAUGAAUCAAUAUGAGACAGAAAGACGUUUAUCCUGGUGUUAUGGCUUGCUGGCUGUUCUACUUGGAGUUUCUGUAAUAAGCACAGCAAUACCAUACAACCACUGGCGAGCGACAUUAGAUGUCUGUCCUGGUAGUUGGCUCGAGAACACAAACUGUGGUUGCAUUUUCUAUGGCGUUAGUACAUUUCAAUAUUUCAGUGGAGGACACAAUUCCUAUUGCCUAUAUGUUAUUUUUGCCCCAUUACCAAUAAUAGUGUAUGCAUUUGUGAUGACUCUAUUUCAUAUGUAUAGAGUUUGUAUUAAUAAUAUAGGACAAUAUGAAAGUGAAAAGUCAACUACAGUGGAGGAAAUCGAGGGAGAAUCUAUAAUAGUGACUUCCAGAGCAAGAACAUCACAAACAAAUGAUGCAGUAAUAUAUUGCUGGAUACCAACAUCCUGCAUAGCUGCUGUCUUUACCAUUUACAAUUUAGUACAUGCUGCGAUAAUGACUGAUGGUUUCCUUAAAACUUGUCAUCAAUACAGAGGAUACUUAGUUCGGGAACUUGAUGCCACUGGGGACCAUGCUACAGCUAUUCAUUUUCGUCUAAGUUGUCAAGCUAUUUUCGACUUUAUGGACUAUAUACAGAAGGAUGCACCGAACAGCCGAAGAGGAGAUUUCAUUAACACAGGUAUUGCUUUGCAAUUGGCUUUAAUAACAACAUGGCUGGCUGUUAUCUUGUGGAUUGUGGUAGCUGCAUAUACAGCUAUAAGGGCCUAUAAAGAAAGGGAUGUUAUGACAUGUUGUGGCAACUAAUUUCCUCAAUGAAUUCAAGUAUAUGACAUUAUUUAUUUUUACUCUGGCAACGACUCAGUAAAUGAUUAUUUGUCAAAUAAGAAUAAGCUAGUUAUAAGAUUUAUAUAAACCUUAUGUUUACAAAGUCAUUGCUAUUGCAUUAACAAGAAAUAUAAUUAGUUUUAGUCGGAUUCCAUAUUUUAUCCCACCGUGACUUAUUUUCAACUGUAUUUUUAAUGUGACAACACAAAUUUUAUAACUUGUAAUAUAAGGAAAUACUUUAACACUGCUUAAUACAUAUAUUUAUUGAAGACAAUGCACAUGAUAAAUAAAAUGUUAUUGAAAUUAAUAUUAUAUUUUAUAUGCAUCUAUUUUAAAAGAUAUAAAAUAUAAAUUCAUUUUCAUUGAACAUCAAAUGAUGUUUUUUUUCUUUGCCAUUGCCUAUAGAUCUUAACACAGAUAGAAAUAUAGAUAAUUCCUUACAAUAGUAAUCCACAACCAACCUUGAGAACUAAGACCUUAUGUUCCUUUUGUCUGUAAUUACACUGACUGACUUACCCUUCAAGAGCACUACAAUACUGCUGUAUUACUGUUGGCAGUAGAAUAUGUGAUGUGUGGGUGGUACCAAAUCAUUGCACAAAGCCCUCCCUUCAAUUAAAUCUGUAUUAUACAUUUUACAUUGAUCACCUUAUUGGCUUACUUAAUUGCAAAAAAACACUAAGUAUAUUAAAGACAGAUUUAUUAUCUUUAUAUAUAAUUUAAAGUAUGAUUAUAUUGUAAUUUAUAUAAGUGAUUGUCAACAAUUGUGUUCAUUUCUGCAUUCAGUAAGUGUUUGUAAUUCUUUAGUUCUUGUAGUUAGCCAACCAUAUAGACUGAUAAUUAAUCAGAAUAUUUAUGAAAAAUAUUCUGUGAGAUGGUUAUAAUGCAUUUUUAAAUAAACUGAAAACUGGAAAAAUACAAUCAGUUAUAAAGGACAUUAUCCAAUUCAUACAUAUAUAGUCCAAAUGUAAAAGUCUUAAUUGAAUGGGUACAAUAGGAUACACUGUAUGUUCAUAUUUUUAUAUUGUUUAACAAAUAAAGAAGAAUGUAAUUAAACUGGUUUAGCUUAGCGCCGUAAUAUAAAACUGGUUAAACUGAAAGUCCAUUACAAUUUAGAUAAUGAAAUAAUUAUAAUAUAGAAUUUUUUUUUGACCAUCACAUUUUCGCUGGACCUAAUACAGAUGACAUUUGCAUUUGCACAAAUAUGUUUAUAUUUAAUAUAUUCUGGACAGCCGUUUUUUAGUUUAUAAGAAAUUGAAUGUCUUAAAAUGACAGGCUUGUCCUUAAAUUCCAAUUAGUGAUUAAUGAUCACAAUAUAACCGUCCAAUUUACUUUAUGUUCAUAUCUUAUAUAUAAAUUUACUAAUGAUAAAUAUUUUUUUAAAUUAUAUAAUAUACUGUGAUUUUUACCACAAUUUAACUUAAGAAAAAAUGUUAAUGAAAAAUGUGCCGAUAACAUUUAGAUGAUAAGUAAUGUAAUU